AUGUCAAUGCUACGCAUUCGUUCAUACAAGAACGCUGUCAACUUUGAGUACGCUGUUUCAUUUCGAGUCGCUUCAUGGGUGAAUGCCUCGAAGAAAGUGUUAGUGGUGCCGGUUAGCUCGAAUUCCUCAUCCAACUCGAAGAACAAGUUCGAUGGGGUUUUGGUGAGAGAGGACACGAUUGUCACCUUUGUCGUUAGCCCAUCAUCAUACGAAAAAACGAACACCGGUCCACGAACGAUGGUCGAAGUGUUUUGGACACUUUUGGAGUAUAACCAUUGCCCAUUAUACAAGGAUGAUCUGGACUGUCCGCUGAACACAGUUUUCUCAAUUUUUGUGGGCUCCGAUCCGGGUUAUGCAAUGAAUAAACAGUAUCAUCUUGCCAAUAUCACG